AUGGCGGAUGCAGUAGUCUCACUAGUGGUGGAGAGGUUUGCGGAAUUUCUCAGCAAUGAAGUAGCCUCCUUACGAGGAGUAAACAGUGAAGUGCAGUCGCUGAAAGACGAUCUGGCAACUACGAUUGGUGUCAUAAAGGACGCAGAAGAUAAGCAAGUUGACAAUGAAGCAAUAACCCUGCGGUUAUCUGAGAUCAUUGGAAUCGUUUAUGAUUGCGAAGAUUUCUUAGAUAAAUUCAUGAUCGAAUUUCAUGAUGAGUCUUCAAAUAUGGCCCUAGUCAACGAAGGAGAGACUUCAGAAAGGCGGCAUCAACUCUUUACUUCCAUCGAGAAGUAUUUUUGCAUGGUCACUGAAGCACCCAAAGAAAUGUUCGAACUGCAUGGCGCAGGCACGGCAAUUAAAGAACUGAAAGCGAGACUCAAUGAUGUCUCCAGUAGAGGCAAAGAGUUUGCUCUCGAAGACGUUUAUAACAAGAGGGAAGGAGGGAGCAAGGCUCUUCACGAAUUUAUGAAACGAAGAAGAACCAUCUCCUUUGAAGAUGUUGUUGGCCACGAGGAAGAUACUAAGACAUUGUUGGGUAAAUUACUUGACAAUAAGACGGGGCUUUUUGCAAUCUCUAUCUGGGGCGCAACUGGUUUUGGCAGAACAACUUUUGCCAGAAAACUCUAUCACAAUGAUCAGCUCAAGCAUAAAUUUCAAAAUCAUGCUUGGGUUUCAGUGUCUCAAGAUUACAAUAUUGAAGAUGGGUCGAAGCAAAAGUUGAUGUCAAAGUUGAAGAAGAUGAGCGAGGGAGAUUUGAAGAAAUAUCUUCAAGAAUGUCUGAAAGGAAGUUCAUAUAUGAUAGUGAUUGAUGAUGUUUGGAGAACAGAUGAUUGGAAGGGUCUCAUAGAAGCCUUUCCAGAUAACAAAUGUGGUAGUAGAAUAAUUAUGACCACUUGUGAUACAGAAGUUGCAGCUUGUGCAGAUUAUGUUCAUAAACUUGAACUUCUAAGUGAAGAUGAAAGUUGGGAGUUAUUCUGUGCAAAAACCUCUGGAAAGGCAACUGAAACCAAAGAAAUGGAGGAAUUGGGAAGCGAAAUGGUGCAAAAAUGUGGUGGUCUACCACUCGCUAUUCUCUUACUUGGUGGUUUAUUGUUCGAAAAGAGUGCGCAAGAGUGGUGUUUGAUGCACAAUAAUAUUUGCCAACCCUUAAAUCGUGGUCUGGAUCAUGUCAAAUACUUAUUUCAUUUAAGCUUCAAUGAUUUGUCUUAUCAAUUGAAGCUAUGCUUUCUCUACCUAGGUCAUUUUCCAAAAGAUUCUGAAAUUCCAACGAAGAGACUAAUUCGAUUGUGGGUGGCAGAAGGUUUCAUACCCCGAAAUGAAGAAAUAAUGGAAGAUGUAGCUUAUUUUUACUUGGAUGAGUUGGUUAAAAGAAAUCUGAUACAAAUCGAUAAAACACGAAGAGGGAGGAUUAUUGCAUGUCGUGUUCACGAUGUUUUACGUGAUCUAGCAAUUCAAAAGGCUCAAGAGCUGAAGCUCUUUCAGCUUUACGAUGUAAAUAAUAGAUCAUCUUGUUCCUUAGGAACACGACGACAAGCUGUUCAUUCGGGAAUGGAAAGUUACUUGCAGCUUCAACAAUCUAAAGUACUGCGUUCCCUUUUCUUCUUCAAUAUCUAUCGAGCAGAAGCAAGUGAAGACUUAGGAACAGUGAUCUCCACCUUCAGGUUACUAAGAGUACUCGAUCUUUCGUAUCUCUCUAUGAAAACAAUACCGCAAGAAGUAGGUGAGUUGAUUCACUUGAAGUAUUUGGAAUUGAGAGAAACAGGUAUUCAAGUUGUUCCACCAUUCAUUCUCAAAUUGGUGAGCCUACAAACUUUGAACUUAAUCGGUACUUCUAUGAAGCCCAGUCUCCCACCUGACAUUUCUAAAUUGCAAGAAUUGAGACAUCUAUUUGGAAUUUUUAGCGGGAAUUUUCGGAUAGACAAUUUGGUAAACCUUCAAACAUUAAGGUACAUACCAGGCAAGACUUGGAUUAAAACUAAUCCAGAAGGGUUGGUUAAUCUUCGAGAGCUGCACAUAUCGUUAGGCCAUGAAGAAGUAAACAACUUCACUUUUGAUUCUGUCGCCAAACUAAAAAGCCUUCAGAUUUUACGGGUUCACAUGGCAGGAAGAACAAUUCCUUCUUUGCGACCACUCUCUGCUUGCAAAAAUCUGGUAGACAAACUAAAAAAUGACCCCAUGCCUACAUUAGAGAAGUUGCCGAACCUCACGGUUCUUUAUUUAAGCAGCGAUUCUUAUGAUGGAAAGAAAAUGGUGUGCGGCAAGAAGGGUUUUCCUCGGCUUGAAAUUCUAGUUCUUUUCGAAAGGCAUUUGGCGGAGUUGCAAGUAGCGGAAGGAGCUAUGCCUAAGCUAAAAAGUUUUAUCAAGUCUCGUGAAGUGCCGAAUUCAAGAAUUCCAGAAAGACUGCGACAUGAAAACUUAGCAUUGAUCAACAGGAUUUACUGUUUGACAGAUAUGAUUUAUCGUGAAUUAACCAAUUACGAACUAUUAUAUUUGUCAGCAUGUUAUUAUGGUAUUACUCAUAUGGUAGUUAUUGUGCUUGGGUUGCGUUUCCUGUUAAUUUGUGAUCUUUUCGCUGGAAGUUCUGUUUGA